AUGCAAAAGUCUCUCCUCCAGCAGCAGUAUUCCGAGCGUCAGCAGCCCUCAGCGCAGCAGCCGCACAUGAUGCAACAGUUUUCGAGCCAGCAAUCUCCAGUUGGGCAUAUUCCUGAGAAGCAACAUUUUCCGCUGUAUAAUCCUGUGGUACAGCAACUUCCAGUGCGUCAUUCUCUUAUGCAGCAUUCACCGACAAUGAAACCUCCGAUUUAUCAUCCUCCGAGGCAGCAUUGUUCGAUGCAGGAACCUCUACAGCAGGAUUAUUCAAGUCAGCAGCGUCCAGCGCAUGACCCCACAACUUCUGAAUUUGUACAGCUAAGUUCGAAUCCAAACGAGCAAGAACUGAUGCCCACACAGCGUCAGCUCACCUCACGUCAAUCUUUAGCUCGUGAUCUUCCAACGUUUUCUGAAGAUCCAGCUGAAUGGCCGAUAUUUAUAUCCAAUUUUGAAUACACGACGAAGACAUGUGGGUAUACAGAAGGAGAAAACAUGGUUCGCCUCCAACGAUGCCUGCGUGGUCGAGCGCUGGAGUGUGUUCGAAGUCGUCUUGUUUUCCCGACAGCGGUUCCACAAGUGAUUGAGGCAUUACGUAUGAGAUACGGACGUCCAGAGCUGCUAAUCAACGCUUUGUUGCAGAAGGUCCGAGCAACUCCCGCUCCUCGUGGAGAUAAGCUGGAAGCCCUUAUCGAGUACGCGAUGGUUGUUCAAGAAUUGUGUGAUCAUAUUGAGGCAGCGAAUGAAACAGCGCACUUAUCAAACCCAACUCUUCUGCAAGAGCUUGUCGGGAAGUUACCCGCGGAUCAGAAGCUGAUGUGGGCCGGCUUUAAACGUGGACGACCAGUGGUAGACCUGAAAAAGUUCAGCGAGUACAUGACGGGAGUAAUGCAGGAUGCGUCAAGUGUAGUCCUGUAUGAUUCGGAUUCCCGGAAAAGCAGUGGCAGAGAGAGAAUGAAAACGUACGUUAAUUCACACUUGGCUAAUGUUGAAGAGACACCUGCUUCGACGACGGCACAAUCCAAGCCUAGUGGAUGUUUGCAUUGCGGAAAGGAGGGUCACAAGCUUCGUGAGUGCCAUGCGUUCGGAGCGCUCUCCAUUGAUGAUCGUUGGCGACGAAUUCGAACACUGAAGCUGUGUCAAAUAUGUCUGUUUGAUCAUGGUAGAAGAGCAUGUCGUAGUAACAGCAAGUGCAACGUGAAUGGUUGUCAGUUUAAGCAUCAUCCUUUGCUUCACGGAAAAUCAACGACUCCUACAACUCAAGUGGCGAAUAAUCACAUUCAUCGACUUUUGGAUUCCGUUGUUCUGUUCCGUAUAGUACCUGUGACGCUAUAUGGAAAGACGGGGAAAAUCAACACCUUCGCUUUUCUGGAUGAAGGCUCGUCAUUGACUCUUAUUGAGGGUGCACUGGUGGCGCAACUAGGGUUGACAGGAAAUCCACAUCCACUUUGCCUGCGGUGGACGGGAAACACGUCACGCAUAGAGAAGGAGUCGCAGACUGUGACGAUCGCAAUAUCCGGUGUGCAUCAGCAACGCCGUUACCAGUUGGUAAAUGCUCGUACGGUUAAUAGUUUGGACCUCCCAACGCAAUCUUUCGACUUUGAGGAGGCCGCAAAGAGAUUCGCUUACCUCGAACAACUGCCGUUUCAAAGCUAUCGUAACGCUAAACCAGAGCUUUUGAUUGGAUUAGACAAUUUGAAACUUGCUGUGCCGUUGAAGACAAGAGAAGGCGAUGGAUCUGGGCCAAUUGCCGUAAAAACACGAUUAGGUUGGUGCAUCUAUGGAAGACGAGAUUCACGAGCCAAUGAAGGAUUCAGCUUCCAUAUUUGCGGAUGUACGGGAAACGACGAAUUACACGAAACAGUCAAACAGUUUUUCGCAGUAGAGGACAACGGAGUAAGGCAAAUCGGGAUCUGUCCUAGCGCGGAGGAACAGCGAGCUCAAGAACUAUUAGAAAAAACAACGAAGCGUAUCGGAAGGCACUUCGAAACAGGACUUCUCUGGGCAAAUGACGACAUUGAGUUACCCGAUAGUUACAGCAUGGCGUUGCAUCGGUAUCAGUGUCUUCAACGAAGAAUGGACCGCAAUCCGGAUCUUCGCGAGAAUAUCAGUCGUCAAAUGGAAGAUUAUGUGAAAAAAGGUUACGCACAUCGAGCGACUCCUGCUGAGUUGGAGAAUACUGAUCCCAGGAAAAUUUGGUUUUUACCAUUAGGAGCAGUAACGAAUCCAAACAAGCCUGGAAAGGUACGCCUUGUUUGGGACGCGGCGGCCAAGGUCUCUGGUGUAUUUUUGAACAGUGUAUUACUGAAAGGACCAGAUCAACUGACACUAUUGCCUGCUGUCUUGUUCCGAUUUCGUAUGUACUCCAUAGCAGUUAGUGCAGAUAUAGAACAGAUGUUCCAUCAGUUGAGAAUCAUAUCAUGCGAUUAG